AUGAACCUGGUAUUGGAGGACACAGUUGUAAUUGUAUGUAGGAUUCCAAAAGUCGUCUUCUUGAGUUGGUGGCCUGGCAAAUUGGGAGCCACUAGGCUANCCGUCGAACCUGGCCGGAAACUGACGACACAGGACCUCUGGGCUGAGCUAGACACCUUAUCUGAUCUCUGGGGCUUCGACUAUUUCACCGGCAAAGACUACUCCAACCAGUCUGAUGAGAAUAAGAACAAGGCCACGACCAAGAAGAAGCAACUCAAUGAAAUUGAAGGGAGGAGUGAGAAGACUCGGAAAACGAGUCAGGGGGCGAGUCAGACUCAGAGACCUCGGAAGAACAUGUACAGAGGGAUAAGACAGAGGCCAUGGGGAAAAUGGGCUGCUGAGAUACGUGACCCGCAAAAGGGUGUCCGAGUCUGGCUCGGAACCUACAACACAGCUGAAGAAGCAGCCAGAGCCUAUGAUGAGGCUGCCAAGCGCAUCCGUGGCGAGAAGGCCAAACUCAAUUUCGCUCAACCACCACGAACUCCGUCGCCACCGCCGCCGGCGGCCAAGAAAAGGUGUAUCAUCACUGAGUCGACUCAGGAGAGCUCCGGAUCAACAGGGCCACCAGUCCCACCACCAUUGAUGGGUUUUGGGUUCCAAAACGAACCCUACUACUACCCAAACCAAGUGGCAGAUGAGUAUGAGAUCAAAGAACAGAUUGCGGACUUGGAAUCUUUUCUGGGCUUGGGGCCUGAGUUGACUCAGUUUGGAGGACUCGGUGAGUCGGACUCAGUUGAUCUUUGGAUGAUGGAUGACUUUGCUGCAACUCAUCAGCAUGAUAUAAUCUACUGA